AUGUCCUCUACUUCGAAUACUCAUAAUAAGAAGUACUUUUGUAAUGAAUGCAAAAAUAACCAAGAAGGUUACAGUCUAGCUCAAAGACGAACUGCUCAAUGCUAUAACAAAAGAGCAAGAUAUGAAGCCUUCAAAAGAAAUACAUCUGCUCAAAGCAGCUCAAUGGAAGUUGAUGUUGAAAUGCACAGGUUUAUUGCUACUUUUGUGGUAAUGUUCACUUCCCGCUAUGUGGUCAACAAGGGUGCCAUUGUCUUGAUCAAGUUCAUCAACAAGCUCUUGACAAUUUACGAGCAGGAUUUCCAAUUGCCCUUGAGCCUUCCUGGUCUCCAAUGUAUGACAGGUUUCUCCGCCAUGAACAAAAACGUUCAGAGAUUCCUUGUGUGUCAGGACUGCCACAAGGUAUAUGAGAAAAGUGCAUUGGCUCCUUCCCAUUGUGACUUCAUGAAGCUUGGCGCGCAUUCUGCAUGCAACUGUCAAUUGACAAAAAAAUCUUCCUCUGGUCUCCAGGUUGCCAAACGUGAAUACUGUUACCAAUCAGUAAAAAAUGCACUAAGAUUGCUCUUUCUCCGCCCAGAUUUCAAGCAAAAAAUCAGACAGUGGAAUAAGCAGUUAAAGAUUAUAAAUACGUUGUGCAAUGUAUAUGAUGGCGAUAUGUGGAAAGAGUUGGAAGAAAAGGAUGGCGAAUCCUUUGUUGAAGACCCUCAUUUGUUAAUGAUCACGUUGAACAUCGAUUGGUUCCAGCCCUUCGAUGGGGCCAGUUAUUCAUGUGGUGCCAUGUACCUGGUUGUCAACAAUCUUCCUUGA